UGUGGCAAACAAUAGCACCGGGACGAAUAGGUUGGGCAACCGGUUAACCAGUAGAAAGUUGGAAGAAGAGGGAGAAAAGAAGACUUUUUACAAAAAAUUACUUCUCGAUAUGAUCGGUUUUAAAUUUGGACGAUGUUUGAAGUCUAGACUUUCUUCCAUCUCAGGUUUCUCUUGUGUCGUCAACAGAGCCAGUUCUUCAUGGUGGUCACAUAUUGAGAUGGGUCCACCAGAUGCCAUUCUCGGGAUCACUGAGGCAUACAAGAAAGACCCAAAUCCUAAGAAAGUUAAUCUUGGUGCUGGGGCUUACAGAGAUAACCAAGGAAAACCAUAUGUUCUACCUGUUGUUAAGAAGGCAGAGAGUAUGAUAGUUUCAGAAAACCUUGACAAGGAAUAUGCACCAAUAGCAGGGAUGCCUGCAUUUGCAAAGGCUUCUGCACAACUGGCUUUUGGCAAAGAUAUGAAUGGUCUGAAUGCAACUGUUCAGACUAUUUCUGGCACAGGUGCCUUGAGAAUUGGUGCUGCCUUUUUGGCAAAAUUCUGGCCGGGUGAGAAAGUGGUUUAUAUGCCCAAUCCUACAUGGGGAAACCAUAUACCUAUUUUUCGGGAUUCUGGUUUUGAUAUGAAGACCUAUCGAUAUUAUGAUGCAGGAACGUGUGGUUUUGAUUUCAAUGGUUGUUUGGAAGAUCUUAACAAUUUACCAAAGAAAUCAAUUGUUUUACUUCAUGUUUGUGCUCAUAAUCCCACCGGAGUCGAUCCAAAGAUGGAGCAAUGGAAAGAAAUAUGCGAGGUUGUGAAGAAACGUGAAUUGUAUCCGUUUUUCGACAUGGCUUAUCAAGGUUUUGCAAGCGGAGACAUCGAUAAAGAUGCUUCUUCUAUGAGGUACUUUGUCGAUCAAGGAUUGUCAGUUUUUGUUACGCAGUCAUACGCUAAGAAUAUGGGCUUAUAUGGCGAGCGAAUUGGCGCUUUGACGGUCGUCUGUCAGUCGCCAGAAGAGGCCAAGAAUGUGGAAUCGCAAUUGAAGAUACUCAUUCGUCCGAUGUACUCAAGUCCACCAAUUCACGGAGGAAGAAUUGUUACCAGUAUUUUAAACAACGAGGAAUUGAGGGCGCAAUGGCUUGUCGAGUUGAAAGGCAUGGCAGACAGGAUUAUCUCAAUGAGAGAACAACUAAGGAGUAAUUUGGAGAAAUUAGGGUCUAAACAUGAUUGGUCGCAUAUCACAGACCAAAUUGGCAUGUUCUGUUUCACAGGAUUAAAACCUGAUCAGGUUGAACGCCUGACCAACGAGUUUUCAAUAUAUCUUACGAAAGAUGGCAGAAUGUCGGUGGCUGGAGUGAGUUCAACAAAUGUUGAGUAUUUAGCCGAAUGCGUUCACGAAGUGACUAAGUAGAGACAAUAUUGGAAUUAUUUAGUAAAUAUAUUAGUGCUAUGUCUUGAUUCUUGGGGCCUGAAAGGCAGAAAAGAGACCGACAGACCUACGUUUUGCGUCUUACAAUUUGCGGGCGAACGAAUGAUAGAUGAUGAUUUAAUGGAUAGAUGAUGGUUAUGAUGGUUUAACUUCCGUAUGCCUUGCUUGGCAUAGGCUCGAAUUUUCAACCUAAAUUUUAUGUAUUAGAAGAACUAGGUAUAGUGUUGUUGAUCUAUUUUGGAGAGAAUCAUGAAAUAAAGUAAA